GGGGCAGUCAGUGUGCAUCUGCCACCAUCAAAGCCCCUUUCCCCGGCGUGGAGUGGCAAGGGACUCGGGAUGCUCCGGACCCAUCGGGUGCUCUACUCCCAGGCUGGGCCCUCCUCUGGGGGCCGGCAGCCCCUGAACUUCGAUGGCGAGGCCUUCCACCUCAAGGGCACAGCGGAGCUGGCGCGGGCUCUGCUGGUGCUACGGCUGUGUGCCUGGCCCCCUCUGGUCACCCACGGGCUGGCGCUCCAGGCCUGGUCUCAGCGACUCCUGGGCUCGCGGCUGUCGGGUGCCCUUCUCCGGGCAUCUGUGUACGGGCAGUUUGUGGCUGGAGAGACCCAAGAGGAGGUGGACGGCUGUGUCCGGCAGCUCCAGGCCCUGGGCCUCCGGCCGCUGCUGGCAGUGCCCACUGAGGAGGAGCCAGACGCGGCUGCCCAGACGGGUGAGGCCUGGUAUGAGGGCAACCUGGAUGCCAUGCUGCGGUGUGUGGACCUGUCACGAGGCCUCCCAGAGAGCCCCGACCUGGCUGGGAAGACCCUCAUGCAGCUGAAGGUGACAGCGCUGGCCAGCACUCGGCUCUGUAAGGACCUGACCUCAUGGAUCACAAAGCCAGGGGUCUCCUCAGAGCUGAGCCCGGAGAGGCUGGCAGAAGCCAUGGACUCUGGACAGAACCUCCAGGUGUCCUGCCUCAACACUGAGCAGAACCAGCAUCUCCAGGCCUCCCUGAGCCGCUUGAACCGGGUGGCACAGUAUGCCCAGGCCCGGCAGGUGAGGCUCCUGGUGGACGCGGAGUACACCUUCAUCAACCCCGCGCUCUCUCUGCUGGUCGCUGCCCUGGCUGUGCGCUGGAACAGCCCCCGGGAAGGUGGGCCCUGGGUGUGGAACACGUACCAGGCCUAUCUGAAGGAUACACACGAACGGCUGCGGCGUGAUGCCGAGGGCGCACACAGGGCAGGCCUGGCCUUUGGAGUGAAGUUGGUCCGAGGUGCCUAUCUGGAAAAGGAGAGAAAAGUGUCCCAGCUCCAGGGGACAGAAGAUCCCACUCAGCCUGACUAUGAGGCCACCAGUAGGAGUUACAGCCGCUGUCUGGAGUUGAUGCUGAGCCUUGUGUCCCACCAUGGCCCCAUGUGCCACCUCAUGGUGGCUUCCCACAAUGAAGAAUCUGUUCGCCAGGCAACUAAGCGCAUGUGGGAGUUGGGCAUUCCUCUGGAUGGACCUGUCUGUUUUGGACAACUUCUGGGCAUGUGUGACCACGUCUCCCUAGCACUGGGGCAGGCUGGAUAUAUGGUGUAUAAGUCCAUCCCCUACGGCUGCCUGAAGGAGGUGAUCCCCUACCUGAUUCGGAGGGCCCAGGAGAACCGCAGUGUGCUGCAGGGUGCCCGCAGGGAGCAGGCAUUGCUCAGCCGAGAACUGUGGCGGAGGCUGCUGGGGAGAAGCAGAAGGCUACCCCAUUAGCACCCCCAAGGGUUGUGUGUUCAAUAAAGAUUCUGAGCUACUGCC